AUGGUCGCCAGUGCUGUCCGGAUGCGCACUCCCAGCGCCAUGCUCACCAAAGGCGCCUCCUCCUUGAGGAGGCCGCAGGUUAUGCACAGAUUCAGGGAUGCUGUUCAACCCCAAUUGCCCGCCUUCGCUGCCCUUUCCCGCUACUAUGCCUCCAAGUCCUUCCCCCCUCACACCAUCAUCAGCAUGCCUGCUUUGUCGCCAACGAUGCUUGCUGGAAACAUCGGUGCCUGGCAGAAGAAGCCCGGCGAUGCCCUGCAGCCCGGAGAUGUUUUGGUCGAGAUUGAGACCGAUAAGGCACAGAUGGACUUUGAGUUCCAAGAAGAAGGUGUCUUGGCUAAGGUUCUGAAGGAAACUGGUGAGAAGGAGGUUGCUGUUGGCUCCCCUAUCGCCGUCCUCGUUGAAGAGGGCACUGAUGUUUCGUCGUUCGAGUCGUUCACCGCUGAGGAUGCCGGUGGUGACAAGGGUGCUGCCCCAGCUCAGGAGAGCAAGGAAGAGUCUAAGGGUGCUACUGAUGCUGCUCCCGCUUCUACACCGGCCCCCGAGCCUGCUGCUCAGGAGCCUGAGACCUCGGGUGAGAAGCUUCAGCCCAGUCUCGACCGCGAGCCUACCAUCAGCCCUGCUGCUAAGGCUCUUGCUCUGGAGAAGGGUGUGCCAAUCAAGGCCCUGAAGGGUACUGGCAGAGGCGGUCAGAUCACCAAGGAGGAUGUUGAGAAGUACAAGCCCAGCGCUUCUGCCGCUGCUGGCCCUACCUAUGAGGAUAUUCCUCUUACUUCCAUGCGCAAGACUAUCGCCAACCGCCUUCAGCAAUCCACCAGAGAGAACCCUCACUUCUUCGUCUCGACGACUCUGUCUGUCACUAAGCUUCUGAAGCUCCGCCAGGCCCUUAACGCCUCCGCCGAUGGCAAGUACAAGCUUUCCGUCAAUGACUUCCUUGUCAAGGCUUGUGCUGCUGCUCUUCAGAAGGUGCCUGCUGUCAACUCCAGCUGGCACGAGGAGAACGGCCAGGUUGUCAUCCGCCAACACAAGACUGCCGACAUCAGUGUUGCCGUUGCCACCCCUGCUGGACUGAUCACUCCUGUUGUGAAAAACGUUCAGGGUCUCGGCCUCUCCAGCAUCUCUAACUCUAUCAAGGACCUUGGCAAGCGUGCUCGCGACAACAAGCUUAAGCCAGAGGAGUACCAGGGCGGUACUUUCACCAUCAGCAACAUGGGAAUGAACCCUGCCGUUGAGCGGUUCACUGCUGUUAUCAACCCCCCUCAGGCUGGUAUCUUGGCUGUUGGUACUACCCGCAAAGUAGCUGUCCCUGUCGAGACUGAGAACGGCACCGAGGUUGAAUGGGACGACCAGAUCAUUGUGACUGGCAGCUUUGAUCACAAGGUGGUUGACGGUGCCGUUGGUGCUGAAUGGAUUAAGGAGCUGAAGAAGGUUGUUGAGAACCCCUUGGAGCUGCUGCUCUAA